CGGAGAGGUGGAGUUGACGAAGCAAACGACGGAAACAACUAUUUGAAUCCCGCUUUUCUCUUGCGUAUACUUUCUCGUUCGUUCUAUCUUUCUUUAGUUGGGGUAUCGUUUACGGCAGUUCAUCCGCUUUACGGUCCCAGUCGUGUAUCCAUGACAACGCGCACAACUGUCCUGCGAAGAAGUUUGGAUCAAGUGUUGGUCGUACACGCGGAAAACAAAGUGGAUGUUUCGCCGCUGAAUUAACGGAACAGGGCCGGUGUUCGCACCUGGUUCUCUGUAAGUAUCCGGAAGAGUUUGUGUCGGGGUUUUUUGUUUUAAUCUUCUAAAGCUGUAGUUUAGGGGAGUGCGAGACAAUAAUGCGCGCGACAGAGUGAGCGCUCGCGCGGCGUGGGUCGAUGCCUCGCGGAGGCUUUGUUUGGUGCUGUGCGGUGACCUGCCCCGAUCCCGCUGUGGAUAUCGACUGAUCGAUAAGAGUCCAACAUGGAUGUGACUCUGUCCGAGUUACUCAACACGUUCAUGGAGUCGCCGCUGGUGGUCUGGGUGCGGACGUUGGGUCCAUUGGGUUGCAGUGAUAGCGUGGGCUCAGAAGAGCGGGUCAACAUGUUCAUGGAGCUGGUGGAUGGCCUCUUUCUGCACAAGAUCAUGACACACAUUGAUCCCAUGCCAACUCAUCAGAGGCUGAACAAGAACGUAAACAAUGAUGUGUCACUGCGCCUGUACAACCUGACCAUUCUCAUCAGACACAUCAGGACGUACUACCAGGAUGUCCUACAGCAGCUAAUUGUUAUGCCCCUUCCCAACAUCCUUUGCAUCGCCAAGGAUCCAAUAUCAGGAAAAAGCAUGGAGGAGCUGAAAAGACUUUUGUUGCUGAUACUAGGCUGUGCUGUGCAGUGUGAACGUAAGGAAGAGAUGAUUGAGAAGAUCAAGGUGCUGGACAUUGAGACGCAGGCCGCCAUUGUUGCUCACAUCCAAGAGGUCACCCAUAACCAGCUGAACGUUUUGGACCUGUCCUGGCUGGAGGAAGGAGCAGAGCUUUCACAGGAAGAGAUGGAACCCAUGUCCCGUAGCAUGGCUGUCUCGCUACGGCAACUUAUCGACCAGAGAGACAAGGCUAAUGAGAUGAUUGUGGAUUUGACCCAGGAGUGGGACUACUUGUCCAGUCAACAUCCUCAGCAUGGUAGCCGAUCCCUGGGCACGAGCAGUCCAGGCCGUGGGCAGAGCUCUGCAGGUGUAGAUGUGAAUAAAGGAGGGUCAUCUGUGAGUGCGUCUGGACUGACCAAGGAGGAAAAGCGACAUCUGUCUGUGGAACUCGCUGAUACUAAAUCCAAGCUCCGCAGAUACAGACAAGAACUGGAGGAGAAGACUGAGCAGCUGAUGGAUUCAAAACAUGAAGUGGAACGUUUGGAACAGGAGUCACAGAGACUGAAGCAAGAGAACCAGUCCCUGUCCUGUGAGGCUCGUUCGGUGCGAGUGUUCCGGGAUGAAGUGGACUCACUGAGGGAACGAGCUGCCCGUGUGGACCGCCUGGAGACUGAGCUGAUGAGAUGUAAAGAGAAACUCAAUGACGUUCACUUCUAUAAGACCAGAGUGGAGGAGCUUCGUGAGGACAACCUGACACUGCUGGAGACAAAGGUGUUGUUGGAAGAGCAGCUGUCUGCCUCCAGGGCACGCUGUGACAAACUCCACACACUGGAGAAAGAUAAUCUGCUACUACGAGCAAAACUACAUGACUUGGAACUGGACAGGGACAAUGAACGUCAGAGGCUGGAGGAGCUGGUGGAGGAGAACAUGCUCCUGGAGAUUGGGCAGAAACAGAGUAUGAAUGAGUCAGCUCAUCUGGGAUGGGAGCUGGAGCAGCUCGCCAAGAACAACGGCGACAACAACACAGAGACUCGAAAGUCUUUAGUCCAUGAGCUGAAUGAGUGUGUUUCCAGCCGGGUGUUGAAGCUGGAGAAGGAGAACAGGGAAUUGCAGUCCUCCAUAGAAAGACUAAAAGAAGAAAAUCACCUCCUGCAGGAGCAGCAGCUCCACACCCAGGAGUUAGACAGGGAGAAUCAGAGUCUCAGCAAAAAGUUGGAGCGUCUUCAGGUUUUAUUGGAUCAAGAGAGACUCACUAAUCAUGAUAUGGAAUCACUGGGAGAGGAAAUUCUGAAGGAAAAACAGACUCUGGAGAGAGAAGUGCAUGCUUUGAGAGCUGAAAAAGAUAGACAGAUCUCAGAGCUGGAGAGUGAGAAGCAGCACCUCUCUGAUGCAGUGGUGUCCCUUCAGGAACGGGCCCAGUCUAACAGUGAGGCCAGAGUCCGUGAGGUCGAAGCAGAAAACCGCUUGCUGCACCUGAACGUUACUGACACCAGCUCCCGAUUGGCCAGCUUGGAAACACAAAUCAAAGCAGCCACUGAGGAGACUGAGAGGCUGAGGGAGAGGGCGGGGCGAUGUGAGGAGAUGGAACGGGAGACAGCGAGGCUGGAGAGAAGCAGAGAUGCUCUGAACAAUGAGUUGGCAUCUCUGCGAGCAUGUAGCGAGAGGUCAGAGGCUUUAGAGAAGGAGGUGUCCUCUCAUCAGCAGGAGGUGCUGAGGUUGAAACGAGAGGCGGAGGAGGCCCAGCGGGAGCUACAGCGACUGGGAACACAUGAGACAGAGAACAGUGUGCUGUCAAAGGAGAACCUGGACCUUCGCUGUUCGCUGGAAAAGUUGCGCACUUCAGCUGCCCGACUAGCUACUCUACAGGAGGAACAUAAGGAGGCACAGAGGCAGGCUCAGGAGCUGCAGAGGAAGCUGGAGGAGGCCACACAGGAAGUACAAGGAGAAAGGAAAAGGACAGAGAGGCUAGAGUUGAACAUAGCAACUCUGAACCAGGAGAUGCGUCACUUAGAGGCAGAAAUUGAGAGGAGCAGAGAGGAGAUGGAGCAUGAGAGGCAAAAGACGCAGGUCCGAGAGGAUGAACUGAGGAGGGAGGUAGAUAACCUGAAGGAGGAGCGGAGGAGGAGGGAAGAAGGUGAUGAGGAGAGGAGAAAACUCCAAUUCGAUUUGGGCCAGUCUGAGAAGGGUAGGAAGGUCCUGGAGAAGGAGAACUGGCGACUCAGAACACUGCUGGAGGAGAAGGAGGUGGAGUUCGAAGAGAAAUCCACACGAAUGGCCGUGCUGGAAAAAGAGUGUGUGGUUGUAAAAAAGGAAGUGGACAGGUUAAAGGAGGUGUCGGUCAAAGCCAAGGAGAUGGAGAGAGAAAACAAGGAGCUUCAGAAACAAGCAACCAUUGACAAGAGGGCUUUGGCCACUCUGAGAGAGGAGCUGGUUUCAGAGAAGCUGAAUGUUCAGCAGCAGAGUGUUGAAUUAGAAAGACUCAAUGAAGAACUGGAAAAGGUUGGACUGAACAGAGAAAGACUACUGCAGCAGGAACACUCACUGGAGGACAGUAGGUACAAACUGUUGGAGUCACGGCUGGAGGAAACUGUCCAACAGACAAUUAAGAUUAAAGAGGAUAAAAUCUCCAGUCUGGAAAAGAAACUAGGAGAGAGCAACACAGUCAAUACCAUGCUAAGAACAGAGCUAGCCACUGUUUGUCAGACAUUGUCUACUCUACGCCAGCAGGAAAAGGAGGAAGAAAACCACAACUCCCAGCAGGACUCAGGCUUCCAGCAGGAUCAAGGAUCAGCCACUGCCGAGCUACUAAGACUCAAAGAUCAUCUUAUCGAUGUAGAGAAGAAUAAUGCCUCGCUGCAAACAGAGAGCGGUUUGUUAAAGGAGCAGCUAAAACAGCUGGAGAACCAGAAUACUUCUCUUAAUAACCAGACGGUGGCGCUGCACCGGCACACCACCUCACUGCAGGAACAGAAUUCAGCCUUGCAUACACAGACAGCAAAACUACAGGUGGAGAACUCCACGCUGUCUUCCCAGAGCGCCUCUCUCAUGGCCCAGAAUGCUGUGCUGCAAGGCCAGGUGGCUGCUUUGGAGACGGAGGUAGAGUCAUGGCAGCGACAGCGUGAGGAGGCGUGGCGAGGCCGCGAAAGCGUACUGAGCGACCACGAGCGUCUGCUUAGCGUCCACGAGAGGCAAGCGCACGAAUACGAGCACCUGAUAAGUCAGCAUGCUGCACUGAAAGGCAAGCAGAGGGCGCUAGAGAGCGAACACAGGACACUACAGGGCAAGUACUGUGUCUUGCUGCAACAGAAGGAGAAGUGGGAGGAGCAUGAGGGGCGCAGUCAGCAUGAAAAGGUGGAGCUAAGUCAGGAGAUCCAGAAGAAUCGACUUCUUCAGCAAGAGAAUUUGCAACUAAAGUCUGAGGUGGACAGGUUGGCUGAGACCCAAUCACAGCAGUCCGAGCAGUGCCAGGGGCUCCAGCGGCGGAUGAAUGAGCUGAAGGGCUCGUUGAGCUCCACCCAGCUGGAAGUGAAUCACUGGAUGUCACUAUAUGAUACGCUGAUGGAGAAGCACCAGGGUUUGGAUGUGGCUGUGACCAAACUAGACAACAACUGUGAGCUGUUGAGUCGGCUGAAAGGGAAUCUGGAAGAGGAAAACCACCACCUCCUGAGCCAGAUCAACCUGCUGAGUCAACAGAACCACACUCUCCUGGAGAGGAGUAUGGAGAGCAAAGAGAUGUACCACCAGGAGCAGAAAGUAUACAUUGAUAAACUAAAUGCACUUCGUCGUCAGAAAGAGAAACUAGAAGAGAAGAUCAUGGACCAGUACAAGUUCUAUGACCCCACACCUAAAAAGAGGAGUCAGUGGUCUGGAGCGAAGGCCUUAGUCAAACUAAUUAAACCACGAAAAGAGAGCAGCAGGGAGAGAGGGGGUGACCUCGACAAGGAAGCGUGCAGAGAGAGAGAGCGAGCCAAGAGCGCCCCGGAUAUCCCUCUCCCCGCAACCCCCUCCCUCCUUUCCCCAGACACCCCGCCUCCACCUCCACAGCGAAAAGAAAGCCACAUGCCUGACAGUAACCAUAGCAACCACACCAGCACCCCCAUCUUGGGACCACAGAGUCCAUCCUCCAGCAGUCGAGGUUUGAAUGACAAGAGCCGUGGUGUCCGCAGCAGCACUCCAGCAGGGAACGACGAGUGCGUCAAUGGAGAGGAGGGACAUGGACAAGGUCAGACCCCCAAACCAUUCAGUUCCACACCGAGCCAGCAGUCAUCUUCACUGAGCCUACCUAACAUCUUGAACUCCAGACCGCUGCCAGGUUCUGGCCGCAGGUCCAGAGAAGAUGAUUCUCACCACAGUAACAAGGGAGGACACGCAGGAUCAGGUGACCUCAGCCACAACACCUCCAGCUCCAACUCACCUACCAACUGCAAAGACACGUCUGACCGUCAGGGUCGCUCUGCCAGCCUCUCCAGUGAUGACGCCACUGGUGCCAACACUCUGUCACGAAGUUCCACCCUCCCAUAUGACCACACCCCCCAGAGAGCCCAGCCACAGCGCGGAGCUGGAGUUAGGACUAAGACACGCCCAUCUUCUCCUGGCAGUGAAAUGGUGACACUGGAAGAGUUUCUCCAUGAGACCAAUCUACAGUCGCCCCCUAUGAUGUCUACAGGAAGCAGGGAAGACUUGAUGACAGAUUACUUCACCAGAAGCCCCGCCCUUUCCACUCCCGCUGGACGAGAUCAGGUCACACCCACCAGCUAUGUCACACCCACCGUACAGCCCUCUACACAUAGACCAGGACAGAGCGUUAAACCCUCACCACGGCAACCUGUUGGCCAAUCCCCAUCCUCAGGCCAGUCCCACGUCCCCAGAUCCAGCCAAUCACUGAGCAGGUCCUUCAGUGUGGCCUCUGCUGAUUUGUUGCGCUCCAACGGCCCAGACAGUUUCCCCGCAAAUGAUGGCCCUGCCCAAGGAGAAGUCGUAGUUCGACGGCAAGGGGGAGGAGCAGGUGGGAGAGAGCGGCCCCUCUCCGCCCGCAUGGCUGGCCUGACCAAUCAGCAGGGAGGGGGCGGAUUCUUAAGCCCGUCUAUUCACCACUCCUCCUCUGUCAAUCUACAAGUGGAGAGAUACGCCGAGCGAGAGAGAGAAAGAGAGCGAGGGAGGACACCUACCUCACGAAACGGCCCCUCCUCUUCCUCCUAUCAUCACCGUGGAGAGGUCGCCAUGGUAACACCAGUCAGGGCAGUGCCAGCUCAUCACUUGGAUGAAUCCAUGCAGCGUGAGGAGGGGCUAAGAGAGGGCCCGCCCACUGACCCCUUCCACUUAAAAACAGAAGGUGAGCGAGGGAGGUGUGCCUCAGUGGAACGCCCAAAAAGUACGCCGGCCUCUCCCGACCCCAACAAUGACCCCCAGACUGUGUGGUACGAAUACGGCUGUGUCUAAACACUGUAAUCACCAUGUGGCUGUGUCUAAAUGUGGGAACAGUGGACAUCUCAGCACUAGAGGAUUCUGGGGCAUGAACUCUUGAAACACAAGUAAUCAGUCCAGCUGUGGAUUAUAACUCUGGAAACGCUGGGAUUAAAUUUAAACCACUGGAUGUCUGUUGGCUCUGACUAAACACUUAAAAGAAAAAUGCUGCACAUAAACACAUCUGUGGGUUUGCUGAAAAACGGAAAGGAGACACAGUAGUUCCACAUUGUCCUUAAACUUACUCUCUGUGGUUUCUCUGGUGGAGUUGAUUUCCACCUGAUUUCAUCACGUACAUGAGUGCUGCUGUGAGAUAUAAAGUAAAAGAAACACCAGUUUCUUUUUUUUUUCCGGACGCUAUGACACAAAAGGACAAAGGCUGCCGUUGUAGUAUCGCUGUUAGAUUCUACGAAUACAACGUACCGACUAUUUAUCCUGUUGACUGUCCUGUUUUUUUUAACCAAUGAGUGGUAUUUUAACACAUUGAGAGAUGGAAGUGACUGCUGAUAGCUAGGAAAGGGUCAGGAUAAGUGCUGGAAGAAAAUUAAUUUACAUACAGUUGUGGAACAGAACACUAACAGUGGGCCUUUGUUGUAAGCCAGGAAAUAGACUGUGACCGCUGGGUUUCAUUGUCAGUGCCGAGCGGGAGGACGAAGCCAAAUUAAAGUGAAGGAGAAUCAUGAGAACGACUGAAUGUACAAGACUCUCGUCACACCUCUGCCCUUCUUUUUCUUGUCUAAAGAUAGGACCAUAAAUAUUUGGACAAUUUCUGAACGCUACAACCUACUGGACUUGAAAUGCAAGUAGACUACAUCUGAUCUGAUUGGAGUGUAACUGCAUACAGAUUGGGUGAACAGUGUCUGAAUUACAGAUCCGUUACUGUGUGGUCCUGCACUUGUUAUAGGGCCAAAGGUAAUUGGACAGUUAUCUGCUGAGCUGUGUGUUCUCAUAAUUUCCCUAAUUAACUGUUAAGAAAAGGAAAAUGCGUGAGUGUGUGGUACAUCAGUUUAAAGUCUAAGUGUGCAUGAAGGAGAUGAGUGAGGGAAGCCACCAAGACACUGACACCUCUGUGACUAGAGAGACUACAUGGGGCACACACACACACACACACACACACACACAACCUGCUGUAAGUCCCACGGUGUUUAGAUGGAAUUACCCUCAAAUUCAAUCAACAUCCACAUAUUUAUGGACCUGACUCUGUAGUCAAAACACUGGAAAUGAGGAAUGCAGCAAUUGAGGCAAAAAGAAAGGAAAAAAAAAAAAAGCAGCUAGUGAGUAAA